AUGGAGGAGGUGGCAAUGGAAAAAUCAGUGUCCAAGAGUGAUGCAACAAAUAAUCGACUGGAACUUCCGAUGGAAAGCCUUAGCAAUUUCCCCAUCCCUAAUGGUCAAAAUCAUUUCGAAUUUGUUGCAAUGGACAUGGUAGACCGGCCAUGGGAAUUCAAGGUCUCCAUUCGCAACGAGGGAAAAUAUAAGAAGCCUUGGAUGUCAGGCCAAUGGGGGAGCUAUGCUCGUGAGAAAAGGUUGAAGCAAGGAGAUAGAGUUAAGUUGAUUGUGCAAGUGGAGGGAAAUGUUGUCAGGAGUUAUCGUAUCACGGCUGAAAGAAACCUGACGAUGGGCAUCUGGAUUCCAGUUGAAGAUUUUGCAAGCUAA